AUGGCAUCGUCGACGUUGACGCACUCAGAGUGGGAUAAGGAGACGGGCGGUCUGCAAGUCGCGAAAGCUUUCGCUGAUAAAAUUAGAGGCAAGAAGGUCCAAGUCCUCAUCACCGGCGUAUCACCUGAGUCCAUAGGAUCUUCCAUUGCCUUGAGCAUCGCAUCUCAGGCUCCGACUCUUCUAUUACUCGCAUCUCGCACCAGACCCAAGCUUGAAGAAGUUCUGAAAAACACCCGAAAUACUUACCCAGACGUCGCCAUUGGUCUCGUCUCACUGGACCUCAUGUCUCAAGACUCUGUCAAAGCAGCCGCAGCGGAAAUAUCUACCCUGACCGACCGCCUCGAUCUGAUCAUCAACAACGCCGGCGUUAUGACCCAAGAGCGUACCACUACUGCAGAAGGAAUUGAAGGGCAGUUUGGGGCCUGCCACGUCGGCCACUUCUUGCUCACCAACCUCUUGAUGCCUAAAUUGUUUGCCGCGGCGAAGUCAAAUCCACCAGGUGCAACACGUGUCAUCAACUUGACGAGUCUUGGUCAUCGCAUCAGUCCAGUGCGUUUCUCGGACUACAAUAUCACAGGCAAGGAUGUUCCUUCUGAGGAGAAGAAUCCUGGCCCAUUACCUCCCAUGUUCACAGAGAAUAGACCAGAUGGGUACAAUGGGUGGGUGGCGUAUGGUCAGGCAAAGACGGCAAACAUUCUCUUUUCCAUCGGGCUGAACGAGCGUUUGGAGAAAAAGGGAAUUGCCAGUUUCGCCGUGCAUCCUGGAUGCCUGAGCCGGAACCUCGAUACUGAAGGGGAAGAGGCGAUCCGGAAGACGAGCCCAUUCUGGAAGAAUCAUGAUCAGGGCGCUGCGACAGUGCUGGUUGCGGCACUGGAUCCUGUUCUGGACUCCUCGAAGGGUGUACUCCUGCACGAUUGCCAGAUGUUCGAUGCUGCGCCCCAUGCGACAGAUUCACAGAUGGUUGAACGACUAUGGGCGUUGAGUGAGAGGUUGGUGGAAACCGAAUUCAAGCUGUAG